AUGGCGGGCAACUCAGAGGUCCAGAUCGCAUAUAGGACCUUCUUCGCGAAUUGCUGGACAUUUGCCUCCUCUGCACUGCUGGCUUACGAUUAUACGCUCACGUUCGGCAACGAGGUUGCACUCUUCUGGACGAGCGGCCACAUGUCCGGGGCGGCAGUCUUGUUUGUGUUGAACCGAUAUAUCACUCUCGCGGCGCAAUGUAUAAAUCUGGCCCCUCUUCCUUCGUCUGUAAAGACGUACGUGCACGGCUCACAGGACCCUGUUUAUCAAAUGCACAUUCUGAAAUUGAGCACGACAGUGGAGGUGGUGACGCGAUCUUCUUUGAUCGCAUCUGAUUUAGUCGUUCUGUAUGUCACCUGGUACCGCACAUAUGCAACCGCCAAGCUAUCUCUCCGUGAGGGCGGACCCGGAAGGAAGACCUUCGCAAGCAUCAUUCUUCUAGAUGGGACCGUGUACUUCAUGACAUUGCUCAUCUUGAACAUUCUCCACCUGUCAUUCACUCUGACUGGGGUCGCCGCUCGUCCAUUCUUCGUAACAAGUGUCGUCGCUUUGCUCGAGGAACCACUGACCUCCAUCCUCACAUCGAGGUUCCUCAUCAAUUUGCAGAAGGCUGAGCGCAAGCUGGAUGACUCUUCCGAAUCAGUGUCACUCGGAGAAGUUGCGUUCCAACCUCAGAUGUCAAGGAACACCAGCCGCUUUAUUGGGUCCUUGGAGGCCCAGCUCUCGUUCUACGAGGAUGACAGUGAAGAGAGCGAAGAUAAGUUGUAG